AUGACUGCAAAACUCAAGAGCAUCCUGCGUGAGCGUGUGUGGUGGCCCGGACUAUCUACGGAUGCAGAGGAGUGGGUAAAAACCUGUCAAACCUGCGCAACGAAUGGACGACCCGAAAAGCCAACUCCUAUGAAAAGAAUCCUCGCUCCCCAAACGGUUUGGGAAACCAUUGCGCUUGAUUUCAAUGGCCCAUACGCGAGAUACGGAGGCAUUUCAAUUUUGCUGAUUGUUGACUAUCGAUCUAGGUUUUUGAUUGCACGGCCGGUCAAAUCUACAAGUUUUGAACAAACAAGGCAUGUCCUAGAAGAGGUUUUUGCACGCGAAGGGUUUCCGAAAAAUGUUCGGUCCGACAACGGACCACCAUUCAACGGUGAAGAAUAUCGAGCGUACUGCACCGAUCGUGGCAUUGAGGCCGUGUUUUCAACCCCCCUGUUUCCACAACAGAAUGGGCUCGUUGAAAACUACAUGAAGCUUGUCAAUAAGGCAAUGGCUUCUGCAGUUAGUAAAGGGUCUUGCUUCAAGGAGGAGCUUCAAGCUGCUGUCAAUGCCCACAAUGCAUCUAUUCACUCGGUUACUGGCCUCCCGCCUGAGGAAGUAAUGAUGGGCCGGAAAAUAAAACGUAGACUCCCUUUGCUGCAUCAUGAAACGGUGAAAUAUGACGAGGACCUAUUUGAACGCAGAGAUAAGGAGCAGAAGUUAAAGGCUAAGGACCGGGAGGAUGCUAGGAGAGGAGCACGAGUAUGCCGUUUGAGUCCGGGGGACACGGUCAUCAUCGAGCGACUGAACCGUACAAAAGGCGACAGUAGGUUUGACUCUCAAAAGUACACUAUCAUCAAGGAGGACAACGGAAGCCUCACUCUGCAAAACGAUCACGGUCAGAUUAUCAAACGGCAUGUGACUCAGACCCGGAAAGUUGGGCCCUGGCGCUCACCCAAUGACAAACCCAAUGGCACAUCUCAGCAUAACUCGAGCACCAAAAAUCCUGGAUCGGGCUCCUCCGAGCGACCACGCAGAACGAAAACGGUACCAUUUUACAUGAAAGAUUAUGUGUAG